GGAGGAACGAUGACUUCCGUAGUUUUUGGUGUUUUAAUCUCAUGUUUACUGAUUCAUCUGGGAUCGGCGUACUUUCUGGAUCCAAACUGUCCGAUUGAUCCUGAUCACAACUCUGUCAGUCCCUUUCCAUGGAUGGCCUUGGUUAUGUUACCUGAUAAAAAUUGCAGUGGCACGCUGAUUUACAAAAAUUUUGUCAUAACAUCAGCAAAUUGUGUAUUUAAUCAAAGCCAAAUCAAAGUUCUCUUGGGAGAGUUCAACAGAAAACUGAAAAAGAAUACCUUUGAGUUUCCCAAUAAAGAAAUCCUUGUCCGAAGCGUCUACACUCCCAGCCACUACAACGAAAACAAUUAUAAGAAUGAUAUAGCUCUGCUCCAACUAACUGAAAAUGUGCUUUAUGAAGCUCACAUACGGCCAAUAUGCAUUUGGUUAAUAGGUUUUUAUAUCGAUACCGGAAAACAAAACUUUACCACCCCACUUUGGUACUUAACUAAGAAAUGGACGUUUCCAUUUCCUAAACGCACACUAUUUUCCAAACUUGAACUAGAUCUGUGUGAGCAUUCCUUGGGAAUUAAUCCAGAUAAAUCGCAGAUCUGUGCUGGCCACGAAGUCAAAUUAUGCGUGGAGGCUGGAAGUCCUUUGGUCCAAAAGAUUACAUUUAAUAAUCGAAGUCGACAUGCACUUGUGGGAAUUCAGAGUUAUGGCGUUUCGAAUACUUGUUUAUAUACCAAUAUCGAAAGUUACCUGGAGUGGAUAGUUGGAAUCGUGUUGAAGGUUGAAAUCAUAGUAAAUAAUAUAUUUUAAAAAUGAUCAAAAUAUUACCUGUAUAUAAUUAAAAAGAAAUUACCACCACCUAAAUUUAA